AUGACAGGUUGUUGUGCGAACCCAUGUAAAGCGGUUGUGUCAAUUCUUUUCAUAAUAUUAUCUUUGGUAUUUGUUGCGAGUUUCUUUACUGGAAUUGUAGUCAGUAUAGGUACUCUCAAAACGUUUGACGAUUUUGUAGGAAUAUAUCGCUAUGAAUAUCGUGGGGUAUCUGGAUACUCCAUUGCAAUUUCUUUCAUUAACAUGUUUUUAGCAAUAGCAUUUGCGUCAGCAGCAAUUUAUUUGAUUGUUACCAAAAAUAUUAAGAAAGUGUUGUUGGGUGUCUUAAAUGGCAUCAUUGUUUUCUUCUUCGUACUUACUGUUAUAUUAUUUAUUUCAAUUUAUUUAACUAAAUACGAUAAUUUCGAAUUGGAACCAGAAGACUAUCCAAAAUUCGAAACCAAAGUUUGUGAUUUUUAUUUAACUUCAUUUUUGUAUCUAAUAAAUUAUAAUUUAAUUCAUAAAAUUAUAGUUGCA